CUCUUCUCCUGCCAACACACAUCAAUCGCCCGUUUUCCCGAUCAUCUCUGGCCAGUGCUUGGCUGGGUGUUUGUGUGUCUGGGCAGUCGGGAAGUGGUCUCUCGGUGAGGGAGAGAGACAGCGCGAGAGUGGGGAGGUGGGGGCCAGUGAGAAGAUACCAGGAGAGGCGAAAAAACGACGAGACGACCAGAGAAAAUAUGCAGAGUCGCGAGUGUGUGUGAGGGGCCGGGGAGGCGAGAGAGCGCGAGAAAAACUCGAUAGGAAAAGUGUUUUUGUCACCCACGGACAUGAUCAAAUCAUGCUGAAGAUGGCAGACACAGCAACUGGUCCCACUGCGAAGCAACAGAAGCAGCACGGGGUGGCCAAGGUGCUCCCGGACGCGGUCAAGGCGGACGUGCUUCCACGUCGCAACGAUGCCAAGGCGGCCUCGAUGGAGGCGCGCCACAGCAGCAGCCCCAAUGUGCCCGUGAGCCGGAAGCCCAAAGCGUCAUCCUUCCAGAUCACCUCCGUCACGGUGGGCACGCGCCCCAAUGCUGACAAUGGCGAGGACAGCGCCGACGACCUGGACGAGUCCCACAGCCACACGGAUGACAACAGCCGCGUGACUGAUCACGGGAACGAGACGCCCAGCUUCUCCGAGGACACCAGCUUCUCCAAGGAGGACGUCUUCUACUCAUCCAACGCGCUGGGCACCGCUCCCGUCAUUCCCACCAGCUCCCAAUACGGCCUGGCCAUUGUCUCCCCGGAGCUCAAUGGCACGGCUGCCCUCACGGAUGUGCACGUGAGCCUCUCGGACACGGGCAUCAACAUCGUGGGCAAUGCCAAGCAACAGGGAGAUGUCGAGAGCAAAGAAGCCCAGCAACGCAACGAGCGCUUCAAGGUGGUGAAAAUCGAGAGCACAGAGCCCUUCAAGCGUGGUCGCUGGAUGUGCAUGGAUUAUCUGGAUCACACGACUCUCCAGCAGGCCACUGCGUCCUCAGAUGGCGCAAUUGAGGGCAUAAACGACUCCGCGGCAAAGGUGAAUAACAUUCUUCCCGGACAGACGGCACCGGCGGUCUUCUACAACUCCACAGUGGCCACUGUGGUGACAACGGGCGUGCUUCCAGAGGUGGCUGUCUUGCCGGCAAUCGCAACCACCGCUGCCACCGUGUACACGGCACAGAGCAUGCCGUCGCACCAGAUCCAGGAGGCCAUUGCGACGGCCGCCAAGCGCCCGCCCAAGAUGUCUGCACGUCAUCACACGCCAGGACAGACACAGCCGGUCCAGACCUUCACGCAGAGCGGACGGCGACACACCACGAGUCAGGAGUACACCCAGGGCGCCACGCUGCCGGUGCAUCUGCUCAACUUCCGUGACUCGGUCGGCCUGGAGGCCAGUCUGGCUAACUUGAAGAGCACGCAGCCCGCGGAACAGCAUCACACGGCACCCCAGGUGCGCCGCAGCGACUCCGUCGCCGCCCAGACUGGCCCGGAGGCGCCCUCUAGUCAGCACCACCCCGUUGCCGAGGUGGACAGGGUGAAGGAAGUGAUCAUGGUGGCAGAGGGCCCGCCAGUGGUGUGCGAAAGGGUGGCCCCCGAGGUGGCGGACAGCAAUUGCGUCUCGACGUCGAGUGGCGUCAAUUCGCCCACUGUGAGUGUUGUGUCGCAACCUGAAAUGACCCCCGAUGCGACCGUGGCGGAGGUGGAUGUGUCACCUGAGCCGCAGCAGCAGCAUUUAAGUGGAGCCACACCGGCAAAUCCCGAUGAGAAUCCCCCGAAUGACGACAGCGAAAAUGCGUCAGGAACGAGUGCUGUGGCUAUAGACAACAAAAUUGAGCAAGCAAUGGAUCUGGUCAAGUCGCACUUGAUGUUUGCUGUGCGAGAGGAGGUGGAGGUGCUGAAGGAGAAGAUAGCCGAACUGAUGGAUCGAAUAAACCAAUUGGAGGUGGAGAAUACAAUACUUAAGGCGAAUGCAACGCAAGAGACCCUUUCGCAAUUGUCAGCGACAAUGGCUUCUGGGAAGGUUCAGUCGUCAACUGCGGGAAAUGGAUCAGUUUCAUAGGCGCACGAGAGGGU